CUGGGCACGGCCGAUGUCUGCUUUUACCUCCGUCCCCCACCCCCUCCAUAUUCCUCCUCCCUACCUUCUCUCUCACCUUUCGGGCCGACCGCUUCGUGCUGGUUCGCUGGGUUCCCUACGUCUCCCGCGGCAUGGCGGAGGCAACGCGAUCCUCCGAUAGCAAGGAGGAACCAAAUCAUUCGGUUGUUAGCGUACACGACCGUGACGGUUCGUCUCCACAGCCGCGCACAAAUUCCUCCGGCUCGCCCUCUUCCCCUGAAGUAGAUCCGGAGAGUGGGCUCUCGGUGAAUCCAGAACGCAAAGCUGCGAGGGAGUGCAGGAUUUGUUAUCUCGCCUUGGAGAACUCUGCUUCGGAAUCGGGCCCCCCCAUCGUAUUGGGUUGUUCUUGCAAACAUGAUUUGGCUGUCGCCCACGAGCGAUGCGCCCAAACUUGGUUUGAGGCUAAAGGAAACAGGAUCUGUGAGAUUUGUGGCUCCACUGCAAAGAAUGUGGUUGCUUCAGGUGAUGCUGCGUCCACGGAGCAGAUGAACGAGGGUGACGACCCUGCGAUGGCGCCUGCACAGCCAUCAUCAUCAUCGUCGUCAGACCGGAGCUUGUGGCGCCGGCAAUGCUUCCUGAACUUCCUACUAACUUUCCUGGUGUUUCUAUGUGCCUUCUCCUGGCUAUAUCAUUACAACCUUCCUUACUAAACUCCAGACUCCGGUCUUCUUCGUGCUUUGGGAAAACACCUGAAAAGGUUUGAUCAGAUUCGUGUUUGUGGUCGUCGAUGCUCUUUAAAUGACAGCUCUGUAGAAUAAUAAUUCUGCUUUGGAGUUUAUGUUAACUGUAAACCUGUUUCUUGCUUUCUUUUU